AUGGAAUAUACAUUAGUUUUGGUAACAAAAAAAGAAGAAAAAAGACAUUUAUAUGAACAUAAAGAAAUUUUUAAUGAAUUAAAAUCUACUUUAUGGAAAGAUUUUAAUAUUAAUUUUGAAAAUAAUAUAGAAUUAUAUAAAAAUAAUGAAUCAUUUAUAAUAUCAAAGAAUGAAAUUAAAACAAGUAAAGAAAUUGGAUAUGAAAUUUUAAAUAAUAAAUUACAUGAAUGGUUUGGAGAGAGAUUAAUUGAUUUCUAUUUUAAUGAUAGUAAACAUUUUAAUAAUGACCAAAGAAAGUUAGCAGUUUUCGAUAUGGAUUCAUGUAUAAUAAAGAAUGAAUGUAUUGAUGAAAUGGCAGGAAUAAUGGGGGUUAGUGAAAAGGUAUCAAUGAUAACGGCACGUGCCAUGGCAGGUGAAUUGGAUUUUAAUCAAGCAUUAGUCGAGAGAUUGUCACUACUAAGAGGUAUGACCACCAAACAAUUGGAACAAGUUUGGGAAAAGAUUGAAUUAAAUUCAGGUUCAUUCAGUUUAAUUCAAACUUUGAAAUCAUUUGGAUUUAAAACUGCGUUGGUGUCGGGUGGUUUUAGUUACUUUGCAUUUAGAGUAGCAUCAAGAUUGGGUAUGGAUUAUGCGGUUUCAAAUCAAUUGGAAUUUCAAACUACAACAGAUAAUGCUGAUAAUGGAUUAUCAGAAGAGACUUUAACUGGUAGAGUUAUUGGUGAUAUAAUUAAUGGUGAAAUGAAAAAAAAGGUUACAAUUUUAUUAGAGAAUUUAUUAGCUUUAAAACAAUCUCAAAUCAUUUCAAUGGGUGAUGGUUCAAAUGAUAAAUUAAUGAUACAAUAUUCAGAUAUGGGUAUUGCUUUUCAUGGUAAACCAAUUUUAAGAGCUGCAACACCUUUUCAAAUUAAUUUCGCACCAUUAAGUGCUGCCAGUUUUUAUCUUUCAAAUAUUUAUUCAACAACACCACCGCCAACUGAAGUUGAAUCUUUUUGUACAAAUAAAAAUCAUAUAUAUAAUACCUCAAUUCAUAAUUUAUCAGAGAAUCAAGCUUUGGUAACUAAAUAUAUCGAUUUUAAUAAAAUAAAUUUAAAUAAAUAA